UCAUUUUCAUCCCACGCGCUGCUAGAUAGUUUUUGAGAAGAUGUGAAGCUACUAAUUUAUCUAACUACUGUUCUCCUUGGAUUUUAUAACUUCCCUUUUGAAUCUGAACCACUUGUUUAGCUUCAAUAAUGGCUUCUACUUCAUCUGCACCGGAUCACUACGAGUAUGAUGUUUUUCUAAGCUUUAGAGGUAAAGACACCCGUAAUUCUUUUACUGAUCAUCUUUAUAAGGCGUUAGUUCAAGCAGGAAUUAGAACUUUCAGGGACGACAAUGAAAUCCAUGAAGGUCAAGAACUAAAGGCCAAAAUCAAGAGAUCAAUAAGAAAAUCUAGCACUUCUAUAAUCGUAUUUUCAGAGAACUUUGCGAAUUCAAGAUGGUGCCUCGAUGAGCUCUCGUUGAUCCUCAGGCAAAAGAGUAAGGGCGACCAUUUUGUUUUACCGGUGUUUUAUGGCGUUGAUCCUUCAGAUGUCAGGAACCACAGAGGAAGUUUCACGGUUGAAGCAAAAGAGGGAGCUGAAGGUAUGAAAUGGACAGAGGUAAAUGUGAAACGAUGGAAAGCAGCCUUAACAGAGGUUGCUGAUUUGAAGGGGAUGAUUGUUUUAGGGUAUGAAACAACCUUUAUUCAAAAUAUUGUUGAAAGAAUUUACUUUGAACUAAGAUUAAAAUUCAACAGUAUUCCAACUGGUCUAACUGGAAUAAAGACUCGAACUAAAGUUAUUAAUUCCUGGUUGAGAUAUGAACAACCUGGUUCUCCAGUUCUAUCAAUUUGCGGUAUGGGAGGAAGUGGCAAGACAACACUUGCCAAACACAUUUAUUACUCAAACAAGCAACACUUUGAAGGAAGCAGUUUUCUUGAAGGGGUUGAGAAGCAACAUGACGGUUUGCUUGGUGUACAAACGCAACUUCUCAGAGAUAUUUCGGGAAAUAAUAAUAUGUAUAUAUCCAAUGUUUACGAAGGAGCACUUCAGAUUGAGAAGGCCAUGCGUAUGAAUAGGUUGCUUAUUGUUUUUGAUGACAUAGAUGAUAAAGACAAACUAAGUGCUUUAUUUGGAACAAAGGUAUUACAUACACAAAGCAAGAUCAUCAUAACAACAAGGCUUCUAAACAUAGAUACAUGGAGUGGGUCCAUAUCAUGGAAGUGCCAUGUCCACAACAUUGAAUUGUUAAAUCGUCAUGAAUCAAUGGAGGUUUUAAGUUGUCAUGCCUUUGGAUCCAAAACUCCCAUGGAAGGUUUCGAGGAACAUGCAGUAAGGUUAGCACACUAUUGUGGAGGAAAUCCGCUAGCUUUUAAAGUAUUGGGUUCUUCUUUAUCUGAUACUACUCAAGACCAAUGGACAAGAAAUGACAUGAUAGAUGCUUGGAGAAGUAGAGUGGAUUCACUAAAUUCAUUGGAAGGAGAUAUUGAUCAUAAAAUCCAAGAAGUGCUACAAAAAAGUUUUGAAUCCUUGCCAUGUGACAGUCAAAAAGAGUUGUUUCUCCAUAUUGCUUGCUUGUUUGUUGGUGAGUACGCAUCUCACGUGGAAAGGAUAUUGGAGAAUGACUAUCAUGCCAAAUCUGGGAUGAUGACCCUCACUAAUAGAUGCCUUCUCACAGUGUCAAGUGAUGGUCUCAGACUGGUUGUGCAUAAACUCCUUCAGGAUAUGUCAAGAAAGAUAGUCCGUAACGAGUCUAGAGAUCCUGCAAAACAUAGUAGAGUCUGGCGUCAUGACGAAUAUCUUAUCGUUUGUUAAGAAAAGGAGAUGGUUCAGAGACAAUUGAAGGUCUUGCACUCGACAUGAAAAAGUUGAAAGGAAGGAAGAGAUUUGAGGUAAGUCAAAUAAGUAAAUUAAUGGUUUAUACUUCGUAAGUAUUACAAGAAUUUCUCAAUAUCAUAAUUUUCAUACAUUACUAUGGAUAGGAAUUUGUCAUUCAUAUUUCUCACAAUUGUCUUCACCAAUUGAGUAGUUGUUUAAUGAAAUAACCGAUACGUAAAUUAUGAUGGCCAACGGAUCAUAAACAUAAAUAACGAGAUCAAGAUAAGCACACGAUAAAUUGAUAAUGAACUACUGAUUCGUAUAGUAAGAGUUAAAUGCCUGGUUGGUCCAUGUGGUUUGCUAUUUUUGCAGAGUUGGUCCCAAGGGUUUAAAAAUUACAAAGUUGGUCCCAAUAGUUGUAAUUUUAAUAAACUCGAGUGAUCAUUAUCACUAACCUAAAUUAAAUUUCUCAGUUAACUAUGUGAAAAUUGCUUAUUUAUCCCUGAACAAUUAAAAAAAUUAAAUAAAAGAGAUGCCAGUUUAUUUUACUAAAACACAAAAAUACCUAGAGCCACACGUGAAAGUAAAAGAGAUGUUUUAUUGGGUGAGAUUGAUAAUAUGUUACAACUUACGGAUAGUAUGAAACGAC